UAUCAUGUGGGCUGAUCCCAAAUCAAACGCAGGAAAGAAGCGGACAGGGACCUAAAGAGGAGCAGCACUCGGCCAUGGCUGCCUGCAACAACACGACUACUUCGGCGCUGCUGCACAUAGCUCCGUGCGACGUGGAGGAGGCGGCCGAUCGGCUGCUAGACUUCGCCAGGGCCUAUACCGGGGGAGAGGAACCGUACGAUGAUAUCGGGAGCGUCGUGAACUUCUCCAACCAGUCGGGGCUCUUCACGCUCUCCGACGUGGAGCUGGACAUCAGCGACACGCGCUCUGAGAAAAUCCACACUUUCGACAGCGCGGCGCUGCUCCUAAUCAUGGCCCUCCUCUUUCUCACCGUCAUAACUAUAUGGGUCUUCAAGGCACGGCAGCUCAGGGUAUUUCACGAGACGGGCCUCUCGCUAAUAUACGGUGUAAUUAUAGGUUUGAUUCUGAACUUUGCCUUCCCUCCGAGCGAGUCCCUGCUCUACGACCUGGCAUGCCCGCAGUACGAGUGUGACGGAGUCACUCCGAGCAGCUGCGCCGACGUCUCUAGUUUCCAGAUCGGAGAAGACAUACAGUUGAGAUCGGCCGGCGGGGAUCGCUGCAAGAACGGAAUAGAGGGCGAAAACGUGGUCAUAGCGGAAGUGCUUGGAAAAGUCUUCAAAGACAGAAAUGGAAACUACAUUGAACAAACUUUGCUGUUCAACCCAGAACUGUUCUUCUUUGCUCUUCUGCCACCCAUCAUAUUCCAGGCUGGAUUUAGUCUAAAAAAGAGGCAUUUCUUCAGGAACCUAGGCUCGCUGUUUCUCUACGCAUUCGCGGGUACUACAAUCUCUACCUUUGUCAUCGGUGGUCUAAUGUAUGGCUACACUCAGACUGGGACUCGAAGUGGAGGGAUCUAAUUUUGCAAAGCUGACGGGGCAACCCAUCCCUGGACAGUUCAAACAGACCAUCAUUCCCUCCCUCCUCUUUGGUUCCCUCAUCUCUGCCACUGACCCUGUGACAGUACUGGCCAUAUUUCAUGACCUGCAUGUGGAUCAUGAUCUCUAUUCUCUUGUCUUUGGAGAAAGUGUCAUGAACGAUGCUGUCGCCAUCGUCAUGUUCAGGUCGAUAGAUGAGUAUUCUCCAGACGAAGGAGGAGGCAGUUUCGAGGCCGUGGCCCUCCUCAAAUCAAUCGGCAAUUUUAUUGGCAUUUUCAUUGGUUCUUUCAUCCUCGGGACGCUCAUGGGCCUCCUUACCGCUCUGCUGAUGAAGUUCUCGAACCUCAGAGCCUAUCCUCUACUGGAGACGUCCAUGUUCUUCAUCAUGUCCUACUCCACCUUUCUGUUUGCCGAGUUUGCCGGACUUACCGGUAUUGUGGCUGUGCUAUUCUGUGGGAUAAUGCAGUCGUACUACACCUUCAUCAACCUAUCGGAGGAAUCCCGACGCAGAACCAAAGACCUCUUUGAACUCAUCAACUUUCUCGCGGAGAAUUUCGUCUUUUCCUACAUGGGCCUCUCUCUCUUCACCUAUAAGAACCACCAAUGGGUGCCUGGUUUCAUCAUAUUCUCUUUCGUGGCCAUUUUCGCUGGUCGAGUCAUCAACAUCUACAUCCUCUCGUUCCUGCUCAACCUCGGCCGAGCCACGAAGAUAAAGUUUCGUUUUCAGCACAUGUUGGUGUUUGCCGGUCUGCGAGGGGCCAUAGCCUUCGCGCUCGCCAUCAGAAACACGCAGAGUCAAGCGAGACAGCUCAUAUUUACCACAACGCUGGUGAUCGUGAUGGGUACCGUCCUGGUGUGUGGAGGCUUCACCACACUCAUGCUACAGUUCCUCAGAAUCAAGUGGGACCUCUUUUCACCCCCUCUUCUCUCUUUCUCUCCUCUAUGUACAUGUUCCUUCCCCUUUCUUCCCUUCCCUUCAUUCCACUGUAACAAGUUACACUACAGUAUAGACCUUAGCACUUAACCAGCCACGGACACAUAAAAUGUUGUAUGGGGUUUAUAAUAAUACACCAUACAUCAAUUUAUGCUUAUUUAAGCAAAUCCCCAUGGCGCCCAAAGGGAUUUAUUAACAGACUUGCUUACUAACUGCUGGGUUUUGCUGAAGUGUCUGUGUUUUUAAUUUUCAGAGUUAAAGUAAAGGACGAUGGAGGUGGACUACAAGUUGAUGGGGUUGAAAUUCCGUACAAUCCCAAGUCUGGCAACUGGUUCAUAGCCAAAUGGAGCAAGUUGGACAAAGAGUAUCUGAUCCCAAUGUUCACUCACUACGGACGGAGUGUGGGGAAGUUUCUGCCCCAGUUCUGUGUCAGCUUCUGCCGGUCCUGUCGGCCUCCUGACUUCAGAGAUGACAUAGUAUCGUUUGUGGAGGAGGAGAGUGAGAGUGAGGAGGAGGAGGAGGAGGAGGAAGAGGAGGACAAGACGCUGUCCUUCAGACACCAUUCUCUCGGGGGAGACGAGGAAGACGGGCCAGAGAGUGACAUUGGUCUCGGUGUAGAACCCGCCAGAGGAGGACCAUCGUACGGUUCCCGUGGCUACCACAAGUUGGAUGAAUCCCAGGAAUCUCAUUUGUAGCACACACACACACCCCAGGGACAUCACAUCUCUAUCACCUUUAGCCCGUUUGAAGAAAUUGGAUUUACCUUUUUUGCUUAGAGUAAUAUUGUGUGCUUUCUUGUGAUCUCAUUAUGUUGUGUUGUUGCGUAGGUGUUUUUUGCCAACUGGCCAACUGAACAUGAUCACGUGACCGAUAUCCAAUCAAAACUCAGCGUACGUAACUUUCGCGGGUGUUUGGCGGCAAACCACGCGGUCUGGUGCGGGAUCUUUGAUCUGCCUGGGGAAAACCAGAAAGAAGGAGGGAUUUUGCGGAUUUUCGGCAAAGGGAGAGAAAGUUGGGAGAUCAUGGACGUGGCGGCUCGGUCCCAGCCGCGGCAGGCCGUCGUCAAGGACAUCCUUGGAGAGCGUGUCCAGAAGAUGUUUCAAGACUUUCUCGAAGAGUUUCAAGAGGACGAAGGAGAGUUGAAGUAUCUCCUGCCGGUCAAGGAGCUGAUGCGUCCGGAGAGAAACACGCUGCUAGUCAGUUUCAGGGAUGUGGAGGAGUACAGUACAAAGCUGGCUACCAUCAUACAGGAGCAGUACUAUCAUGUGUUUCCCUUUCUCUGUCUGUCUGUUCGAAACUUUGCUCGUGAUCGCGGUGAAGUGACGGUCCAGAAAGACUUCUACGUAGCGUUUGAGGAAGUUCCCGCAAGACACAAAGUGCGUGAGCUGACGACGGCCAAGAUAGGGACCCUCCUGAAGAUCAGUGGGCAGGUGGUGAGGACCCACCCCGUCCACCCCGAGCUGGUCUCAGGCACAUUUCUGUGUCUGGAGUGUCAGACACAGAUUCCCGAUGUCGAGCAGCAGUUCAAAUUCACCCAGCCGACCGUGUGUCAGAACCCAAACUGUGUGAACCGACGUCGCUUCAUGCUCGACAUAAACCAGUCUCGCUUCGUUGACUUCCAGAAGGUCAGGAUCCAGGAAACCCAGCAGGAGCUGCCACGAGGGAGCAUUCCGCGCAGCCUCGACGUCGUGUUGCGAGCGGAGGCUGUGGAAAUGGUGCAGGCGGGGGACAAGUGUGAUUUUAUCGGGACGCUCAUUGCUGUCCCGGACGUGGCCCAACUGGCGAUGGAGGGUGCGAGAGCUGAAACGUCCACUCGAGUGAGGAAAGGAGAAGGCCAUGAUGGCGAGGGUGUUAGUGGUCUGAAAGCUCUGGGUGUUAGGGACCUGACCUACAGACUGGCCUUCUUGGCCUGCUCUGUCGCUUCCACCAACCCUCGCCUAGGGGGUCGGGAGCAGCCCGGGGAAGAAGUGACGGCAGAGAUGAUAAGGAAGCAGAUGACAGAGAGCGAGUGGCAGAAGAUAUACGAGAUGAGUCAAGACAAACACCUCUACCAGAACAUCAUAAGCAGUCUCUUCCCCACCAUUCACGGUAGUGAUGAAGUUAAGAGAGGGGUGAUGUUGAUGCUCUUUGGCGGAGUGCCAAAGGUCACGACAGAGGGCACUCGUCUCCGUGGCGACAUAAACGUGUGUAUCGUCGGGGAUCCCAGCACGGCAAAGAGCCAGUUUCUGAAGCAGGUGGAAGAGUUCAGCCCGAGAGCGGUUUACACGUCAGGCAAGGCCAGUAGUGCAGCUGGUCUGACAGCUGCCGUGGUGAAAGAUGCGGAGAGCCACGAGUUUGUUAUUGAGGCUGGAGCUCUCAUGUUGGCCGAUAAUGGAGUGUGUUGUAUUGAUGAAUUUGACAAGAUGGAGCAGCGAGACCAGGUGGCCAUUCACGAGGCAAUGGAGCAGCAGACCAUCUCCAUCACCAAGGCCGGCAUCAAGGCAACGCUCAACGCCCGCACCUCCAUACUGGCAGCUGCAAACCCAAUUGGAGGGAGAUACGACAGGAGCAAGUCGCUAAAGCAAAAUAUCAACCUGUCUGCUCCAAUCAUGUCCCGGUUUGACCUUUUCUUCAUUCUGGUCGACGAAUGUAACGAGGUGACAGACUAUGCUAUUGCCCGGAGGAUCAUUGAUCUCCACAGCAAACAGCAGCAGAGCAUCGACCGAGUGUACUCCAUGGAAGACAUCCAGAGAUACGUGAUGUUUGCUCGCCAGUUCAAACCAAAGAUCCGCGAAGACAGUGCAGAAUUUAUGGUUGAAGAGUACAAGAGAUUGCGCCAGCGGGACAGCAGUGGGGCUACCCGGUCGUCGUGGCGAAUCACGGUGCGUCAACUGGAGAGCAUGAUCCGUCUGUCGGAGGCGAUGGCGCGACUGUCGUGUAAGGACGAGGUGCAGCCGAAACACGUGAACGAAGCAUUUCGUUUGCUCAACAAGUCCGUCAUUAGAGUGGAGACCCCUGAUAUUAACUUCGAUGACGAGGAACCGCAACAGAAUAUUGAGAACGGUGAUGCACUGGAUGAACCAGUGGAAAAUGGAGUAAACGGCGAGGUAAAUGGAGUAAGCGAGGACCCCCCUAGAGAAAAUGGAGUAAUAGAGGACGACGGUAGAGAACAGGAAAAACAAGUCGAACCGGAAAAGUCGGCCAAGAAAAUCAGAGUGACAUACGAAGAGUAUCGGACCAUUGCCAAUCUGCUCAUACUCCACCUGAGACAACUGGAGGAGUCCUCUGAAGAAGAAGAAGGGGAGGGGAUAAGGCAGGGACAACUGGUCAACUGGUACCUCAGUGAGAUCGAGGGAGACAUUGACAGCGUCGAGAUGUUAGCGGAGAAAAAGGUGCUAGUGGAGAAGGUCAUCGAAAGACUCAUUCAUCACGACCACGUUUUGCUGCCACUGCUGAUGGAGGAGGAAGAGGAGAAGAAGGGAGAUCCUCUGCUUGUAGUUCACCCCAACUACGUCGUAGAGACCUAACUAACUCUUCAUCCAUGCAUUCCUCUUCUCACACAGACACCAUUGGGAACACCACUUCAUAAUGUCUUUGUCCAUAAUUUGUAACUGGUGUAAGUGUUAUGAUGAAAAAUUUGACACGCUGUGCAUAUUAUUAUCGCUGAAGUUCUCAGAUUUAGGGUGGCACACUCGUAAACGAAUGAUACAGGUUUUGAGAGUGCUGCAUCUAUCGCUAAAGUUUGAGUCUGUACCAUGACACACAGUGUUGGGGAUGAUGCAUGUGAAGUCCUGUGUCAUAGACUCUGUUGCUUGUACUUUGAGCCAGUAAUUCUCGCGUCUCGGGCCAUCAUUCGCCUGUCCCAGCCGUCAACGGACCACCUCUUGUUCUUCCCGCCGCGCUCCCAUCUGUUGAGAAAAUGGAGUCCUGCGCCUGCGAACGUGAUUGCUCCGGCUAUGAUCCCCAGAGCCGGCAGAGCUUCUGGCCACAUCUUGUUUUGUUGCAGCUAAAAUUACUCUAAAUAACGCGC